AUGAUCAAUUUCCCCAUUUCCAACACUUCAUUCACUUCGUCGUCUCCAUCCCUUGAUGUACCAACCAAUUUGGUUUCAAAGACUAUUCAAUCUUUUCCUGUGCCUACUGGUCCAUUGAUCUAUGUUCACUCUGUUACUAGUCUUCUAAUGACUCUUGUUCAAGGCCUUGUCCAACCGCCUUCGCCUGGCACUUUGGCUAUCGUCGCCGGGGCCGCUUCUACGGUCGCUGCUACCUUGGCUUCUUUGUCCUCUAAUCUGCUUUCAGCUAACCAGGCAAAUGGGGUAGCCUCUACUACCUGUCAGUCGGCAACCAGUAGCACUCUUGCUAAUGCUGCUUCCAGUAUAGCUGUUGCGGCUGCAACCGUCGCGGCAACCGCUACAGGUAUGAUUGGCAACUCGAGAAAAGUAUCUAGUUCUGGAGGAGUUGCUACUCCUUCAAGCGGACUAAAUAUGACUUCCGGAGCUGUAGCCGCCGUGACUUCUCAGAUCCAGGGCAUCACCACGGAGACUGUCGUAGGAGCAGUGGUACCUGGCACUUCAGGAGACGCUGGUCAGCUUACAAAGGAAGAGAAGCUAGUUAUUUCUAGCUACACUGCGGCUCUCAGGAAUGCUCAAUAUCUAUUAACCGGGAUCUUCAAAAAGUACAUAGCUUAG